AUGCAAAACACCGCGAAGCUUGGAGCUUGCCUGCUCGCCGCUUGCCUGUCAACGUGCGUCGGCAGCAGCAGAAGAGCACCACACCCAUCCAAAGAGGUUGCGUCGCUGCUGGACCUCAGCUUUGCGGCCAACCAAGCAGCUCGCUCACCGAUCACGGCUGCGCUGACCCGCCUCCGGCUAGCGCUCGACGUAGAGAGGAGGACAACGCCGUGGGACUGGUGCCGCCACCAGCAGUUUGUGGUUGAGGACACGAGCACGGGCCGCCUGCUAGGGUUCGCAGAGCUCUGGGCCGAGAAUGCCGCGGCGUGCGGUGCCGCAGAGGCCGCCACCCCGCAGCCGGUCGUCUUCAACCUGUGCGUGGCGCCCGCUGCCCGCCGGCGCGGGAUCGCGAGGCGGCUUCUCUCGCAGUGCGAGUCCGCGGCGCAGCGGUGGGGCGAGGGCGGCCUCUUCCUCAAGGUGGAGCACGAUAACGCCGCCGCGCUCUCCCUUUACCGCAGGCUGGGGUACGACUGGAUGGCUGAGUGGAAGGGCGGCCGCCGCCGGCUCUCGCUGCUCCGCAAGGAGAUCGAGCCGCCGCGCGCGUCCGAGCCAGAGCCGGCCCGGCCCCGCCGCUUCUCCGAGCUGCAGGUGCAGACGUACGAGGCAGGAGGCGCCGACGGGCAGGCAUAUCUCUGGUUCGCGCUGCUGGUGCUCCGCAACGCGGGCCGCCUCUCGCCGGCCUAUUCGAUGGUCGGCGGAGGCUCGGCCGUCCUCCUCGGGCUGCUGACGUAUGCGCUGUUGGUGGAGUGGGCGCGCCAUUCCUGA